GCUGUAAUACAAACUGCUGAGAAAAUUUAAAGAUAAAUUUGGAAUUUUAUAAACAUUUUGAAGUACUUUUGUAGUUGUUCUUUAAAAUUCAUUUUGCAUUCAGCAGAUUUCUUUAAGAAUUUGGUUAUUGAAAUUAUUAUUUUGGAUACAACAUAAGCUUAUGAUAAAAAGUUUGAGUUGUUGCUGAAAUGGGUACAGAUUUCUUAAUACAUAAUGCAGGAAUAUUUGCUUAUUUGAAUUUCUUAGUGCCAGCAAAAAGAAAAGAAAUUUUGGAGAUCUUGAUAAAUGGAUUAAAAAGAUUGGAAUACAGAGGCUAUGAUUCAGCAGGGCUUGCAUUUGAGGGAAGUGAGAUUGAUCAGAAUGACAACCUUAUUAAGAUGGUCAAGUGUAAAGGUCGUGUGUCCAUGCUGGAAGAUGAAAUUAAAAGAUUAGCAAAUGUCAACUAUGAAAAAGAAUACAAAAUCCAUGUGGGCAUUGCUCAUACACGAUGGGCCACUCAUGGUGAGCCUAGCUCGGUUAACAGCCAUCCACAGAGAUCGGAUCUUGAUAACGAGUUCAUGGUUGUACAUAAUGGUAUCAUCACAAAUUACAAAGAUAUUAAAUCAUUACUAGAAAAGAAAGGUCAUAAAUUUGAAUCCGAAACAGACACAGAGGUCAUUGCCAAAAUGAUAAAACACAUCUAUGAUAGUCAUAAAGACAACCAAAUAUCAUUUAGGGAAUGUGUGGAAUUGACAAUCCAACAGUUGGAAGGAGCAUUUGCUCUCUGUUUGAUGAGCAGACAUUUUCCAGGAGAAUGUGUAGCCGCAAGGAGAGGAAGUCCAUUGCUUGUUGGUGUAAAAAGCCAGGCCAAACUUUUAACAGAUCAGAUACCUGUAUUAUAUAGUAAAGGUCGAGCUGUGUUAGAUGAGAAAGGUAGAGACUCUUUAAAAGACGAGAAUGAAGACCACAGAGGUUUCAUCAACCCCCAAAGAUGUGAUAGUACAACAGAAUUUCAUACAGUCGGAGAACAAAGUGAAGUGGAGUAUUUCUUUGCUUCUGAUGCUAGUGCAAUAAUAGAACACACCAAUCAAGUGAUCUUCCUGGAGGAUGAUGAUGUGGCAGCAAUUAAGAAUGGAACUUUAUCCAUCCAUCGAAUCAAACGCACGCUUGAUGAAUCUACUGUCAGAGAUGUUAUUACACUUAAAUUGGAAUUACAAGAAAUCAUGAAAGGGAGCUAUGGAACUUUUAUGGAAAAAGAGAUUUUUGAGCAGCCUGAAUCUGUGAUCAAUACAAUGAGAGGGAGAGUAAAUUUUGAGAAGAACCAAGUGAUUCUUGGUGGAAUAAAGGACUAUAUGAGUGAAAUCAGAAGAUGUAGACGAUUAUUAUUUAUAGCUUGUGGAACAAGUUACCAUAGCGCAGUGGCUACACGACAGUUAUUGGAAGAGCUAACAGAAUUACCUGUGAUGGUAGAAUUAGCUAGUGAUUUCUUGGAUAGACAGACACCCGUGUUUAGGGACGAUGUUUGCUUCUUCAUCAGUCAAUCAGGAGAGACGGCUGACACAUUGAUGGCUUUGAGAUACUGUAAACAGAGAGGUGCCCUGAUAGUGGGGAUCACUAACACUGUAGGCAGUACUAUCAGUAGAGAUUCACAUUGUGGUGUACAUAUAAAUGCUGGGCCAGAGAUAGGGGUUGCAAGUACAAAGGCCUAUACUAGUCAAUUUAUUUCACUCGUUAUGUUUGGUUUAGUUAUGUGUGAGGACAGAAUCUCUAUGCAAGAAAGACGAACAGAAAUAAUACAGGGGCUGAAAAAGCUACCAGAAAUGAUUAACGAAGUUCUCCAAAUGAAUGAGAAAGUAAACGACUUAGCCAAAGAAUUAUAUAAACAGAAGAGUUUGUUAGUGAUGGGCAGAGGUUAUAACUUUGCUACAUGUUUAGAAGGAGCCUUAAAAAUUAAAGAGUUGACAUACAUGCAUUCCGAGGGAAUAUUAGCAGGAGAAUUAAAACAUGGACCAUUGGCUUUAGUAGACAAAGCUAUGCCUGUUCUUAUGGUUAUAACCAGGGACAAAGUAUAUCAGAAAUGUGUAAACGCUCUACAGCAAGUGAAAUCCAGACAUGGUCGUCCCAUUUUACUAUGUUCUAAGGGUGAUGAGGAGACCAUGCAGCAAGCCUAUCGCUAUAUUGAGGUUCCCAACGCUGUGGACUGUCUCCAAGGGUUAUUAACUGUCGUCCCACUACAGCUUUUAUCUUUCCAUAUAGCUGUAUUAAAGGGAAAUAACGUCGAUUGUCCUCGUAAUUUAGCAAAGAGUGUAACAGUGGAAUGAAUAUCUCAAGGUUACAGGUAGACUCUCCAAGGAGUUUAUUGAAGAUCCAUUCCACUGUAUGCAGUUAAUGGACUACUACUUAAAAUGUGGGACCUGUGUUAUAGGAUGUUAUAAGUGGACUAAUUAGUAGUACUUGUCAAUCAUUGGACUUUGAUUAUUUUAUAGAAGUAUUUUGUGGGAGACAUGCUAUAAUAAAUAUUAUAUACAUUUUGUUGACUCUCUUUAUCUUGAACAUAUAUCUGAAGUGCCAUAUAAGUGUUUAUUAAUUACCAUAAAUUGUAUUAAAGUUGUGUAUAUCUGUACUAACAUGCAAAAGAAAUCAAGUACAUAAAAAAAUUAAAAGAUUAAUAUAUAAAUUUCUAGGACCUUUUUGGCAGAGCUUUCUUGUUGUUUUAAAUUAACUAAAUGUGUCAACUAUAUGUAAAUCAUUUGAGCCCAAAUAGAGCUUUCGUUUUGUAGGUCCCAUGUUUUUAUGUCAGGCUUUUGAAUGUCUGCAUUCGUAAUAAGGGUUGAUCAACGGGAUGCUUCAGAAACUGGGAAUUUCAAUUUACAGGAUCUAUAAAGGAUGAUAAUUGAGUUUUUUAACAGUUAUUAAAUCCAUUUCAAUUUAUAAUACAUGUUGGUUUAUAAUAUUGAUUAAUAGAACUUGGCAUAUUUUAAUAAACAAGGCGUUGGUUCAAAUGAUUUUGAUUUAAUUGAUUAAUAAAAGUUCAACAUAAUGAGAGUCUAGAAAUAACAGUACACUGUAUUUAUGUAUAGUAAUUUAUGUUUAAAUUAUUUUAGUAACUACAUGUAUAUUGAAUAGUACCGGUAAUGUGCUGGAUGCAUUCAAGAUCUUAAACAGUUUUUUUUAACUAGGCAUAUCAAGAAAACAUGCUUUGUUGUGAUUGUAUAAGAGUUUUUCAAUCAAGCAUAAAGUAUGCAUUAGAGAGGGAAACUGUUUAUAGAUUCUGGAGGAUUAAUAUAUGUUUUCUAAUUUUUUAACUGCAUAUAUAUUUUCUGUAAUCAAAAUUAAUUCCUUGAUUUCAAUUAGAACCUUUUUAAGUUGCAUAUUUCAGUUAGGUCCUUUAUUAAGUUGCCUAAUUUAGUAAUAGUACUUUUUGAGAUACUACCAUAUUUCAUUGCAAACACAUAGUAUCAAAAUCUAUGACUCUGCACCAUGCAAAUCGGUCAACUUCAGUGGAAGGUAUUGUGGUUAAAUCAUGUGAAUUGAUUGUAUAUCUGUUUUAAAUGUUGUAUUAAUUUCAAAUGUAAAGGCAGCUUCCUAUUUACAUUUUGAUUUAUGUUUCAUUAUAUUUAUACAAUACAUCAAAUAAGUGGUUGUCUUUACCUUUUUCAUGAAAGUUUGAAUAUUCACUUCAAAAGUAUUUUAUUCAUGCAUUAUACCUUUUUUAUAACUAAUCUUUUGACACCAAGAUCUAGUCUUGAAUUAAAUUUUCUGGUCAACAUCAUUCUGGAUUUUUCAGAUGUCCUUUGUAGACUUCCUACCCUCAAUGUAUUAAAUUUUUUAUGUAGAAUAGUCAUUCUGCUUUGCAUUCAGGCUUAUGCAAAUUGCAACAUGGGAAAUGAAAAAAAAAUCAUACUCAAAACAAAAAUAAAAAAAGGGGCUUAAAAGACCUGUUAUGAAAAUAAAUACCUAAACCAAGGUUUUCAAAAUGUUGUAUUUAUUGCAGACAAUUGUAAUUGUAAGGGAAGCCAUUUUGUUAUGUAAUUAUUUUGAUUUAGAGUAUUGUUUUUCUACAACUUAUAUUUUGUUUGUUAAGUUUUAUCAUGAGACAUCACUUUUUUUGUUGUUAUGCAGUAUUAAUGACAUUCUUCCUGUCCCUCAUCGACAGGGAGGACAAGUUGAUUUUGUUAUUUUAUACAUAGUUUGUUUCAUUUUCUUGACUUAUAAAUUUAAAAUUUUAAAUCCAGUAUUUUGUAUAUUCCACAUUGAAGAUGAGAUUCAUUAUCUAUUACCAGCCACUUUUUGGUAUAGAAUUUAAAAAAAGUAUAAAUGAUUCGAAAAAUCUUUCAUUGGAUGAAUUUUGGACAAACUGCUUAUACGUGAUUGAUUACUAUCAAGUAACAGAAGAAAAAUCUUGAAAAUGUCCCAACCUCACAGCUGGAUAAAGAAAUAGUCUUCAAAUGAUUAUCAGAUUCCAACAUUCACAUGCUCAGUAAAUUAUUGUUUUAAACCAUAACAUAUUGUAAUCUUAGUUGAUGAUAUUUUUGCUUGAAUUUUGAAUAUAUAUAUGUGUAAAAAAAAGGUGAUACAUUAUUUGAAUAUACAUGUUAUGAAAAUGUCAAAUUAUUUUAUAACUGUUUAAUGUUUAACAUACUGUUUUGGAUUAAACAUAAACUAAU